CCGGGGCCCUCUCGUCGCUCUCCGCCCCGCACCACCCGCCCCGUGCUGCGGCUGAGCCCGGGCAAGCGCGGCGUUCGCAGUCUCACCUCUGCUCUUAGCCUUUGGAUCCAGGCUCUGCAUUGGUCAUCCUAAGUUGAUUAUUCAGCAUAUCCAAAGAUGAAGAGGAAACUUGCAACAGCUGGGACAUUGAGGCUUAGUCCUAAUGAAGAAGCCAUGUUUCUGAAAGAAGAAUACGAAAGAAGAAGAAAACUAAGGUUACAACAGGUCAGAGAGCAGCAGAAGUAUAUCUCCUACCAGAUAAGGCAGAAGGUAAAGCAGAAGAGAGAAGAACAACUGCAUCAGUUAGAGGAGGCACUGAGAGCUGAAUGGCAGAAGGCACAGGAUGAGAAGAUGAAAGCCUUGGAAGAACUGUAUCUAUCAAGCUUAAGAGCAAUUGGGGAGGGUCAUCGACGGGCCAAGGAAAAUGAACCUGACUUAGAAGCUCUGGCAAAGCAAGCAGAGGAAAGGAAACAAAGAGCAGAGACAAGACAUAGAAAAGCUCUGAUAGAGCAGAAGCACCAAAAGGAAAAAUUACUUCGUGAGCAAUCCAGACGAGCAAAUGCACGUAAACGUGCUCUGGAAGUGGAAAGACAAAGAGCAGCCAAGGUUGCAAGCCUGCCACCUCCUCCGCCACGUCCUUUUGAAAGUUUUGAAGUGAAAAAGAUCCUUGGGAUGAAGACCUGUGGUGCUGACAACUUUUCUGUUACACGUUACCAUAUUGCUGAAGCUUUGGUGGACAGAGAAGUGGAAGGAGGGCAGCCAGAUGCUCAUUUAGCUGCUGAAGAAGAAGGGAGACGUUUGGAGGAACUACGCAGGGAGGCAGAGAGGGAAAGAAGAAAGCAGCUUGAAAAGGCACAUAUUAGAGGGAGUCACGCCUUGAAGAAGAUCCAAUUGGCCAAGGACAGGGAAAGACUCCUGGAAGAACUGGAGCAAAUGCAUGCUCAGGAGCGGAUGCGCAGGAGACAGGUUGUCGCACAGAUGCCACCUCAGCUUUCAGUGCCACCAUACAAACGCAUGGAAAUAAAAGAAGAAUGGCAGAGAGAGCUGGAGUCUGCAUUUGAAGAAAUGUGCAGUGAAGACAGGAACAUGAAAGGAGACCUGAUUCUGCAGUUUGAGCCACAACCUUUGCCAGCUCCUUCUGACAGAGCUCGAGAUAAUGAUCUUGAUAUCUCCUUGGAACAUGAAUCUGCUUGUGACACUCAACCAGAGCUUCCUUGUGAUACUCAACAGGAAUCAGGACAUAUGAUAGAAGAGGAGGUCCCUAAUGAACCAGAAAGGCAUGAAGAAGGAAAAGCUUGUCAACCUCGAUCAAAACUUGCCUUAAAGAAAUUGUUGAACAAAAUUAGAAGCCAAAAAGAGGAGUGGACGUCAAAAAGUGAGAAAGAGAGUCAAAGUGAUUUUGAAACUAUUGAAUCAGGCACAAUUGCUAGUGAAAAUAGACCAUUAUGUGAUUUAGAACUUAACAAGGAGCAGCAGAAAAAUACAGUGUCUGAAGCCAAAGACUCUGUGAAAAUGUUGGAAAAUGCAGUUGCAGAUGAAAAGUCAGUUCCAAUCCAUCCUCAGGAACAGGCAGCUAAAAUGAGAAUGGAAGAGGAGAUACAGAAGUGGAAUGAGGAAAUAGAGAAACAGAAACAGGAGCAGCUGGCCUUGAUUAAAAAAAUUGAGGAAGAGAAAGCUCUUUUGGAGGCUGAUUAUCUAAAGAUCCAAAUGCAAACCAGUUUGGAGCAGGCAAAGAAAAAAGAGGAAGAGCAAAGUCAGCUGGUACAAAGCCACAGUUUCCAUUCCACAGAUCAUCAGAACCAAAAGGAACAUGAGUCUGGAAAUGUAUCAGAAACCAGGAGUCCAGGAGAAGACAGUCAUAGACAGACAAUACGUGAUUUUCAACAACGCCUUCUGCAGCAAAAGAGGUUGCACAAACAAACCAUUGAAGAAGCUAGAAAGAAUCUACAGCAGUAUCAGAACACACUCAGGCAAAGGUACUUGUCUAGUUCUGAAAUUCCUCUGAGCACAAGGGAAACAAAGCCCAUUAAUUUAGAGCCUGUCUCAGAGCAGCCCCUACAGAUACAAGGAGCACAGCCAACACAGUACCAGGCAUCAGAACAAGUUCAUGCCCAAGAAUAUGUGCAGUCAUUACCUGUGUUUUCAGGAACAUUGGUUAUGUUGGAAAAACUAUCUUCACAGAAGCAGCAAGAGCAAGUGCCUAAUACUUGUCCUGGAAAAUCAGUGCAGUUUUCAGAAGCAUCAAAAUUGAAGCAUGGAGAGUUUCACUUGCCCUGUGACUGUCCUUCACAGGAGCAAGUGGGAAUAUUCAAGGCUGCCAAUAAUCACAUCAGAGAACCAUUCCAGUCCCAUUUACCAUCAGGAUCAGUCAGGAAAGAAGUGACUGCAGUAAGAAUACAACCAGAAGCACACCAACAACACUUUAGGUUUACAUUGCCUGCAGAAAGUUUCUCUGAGUCUUCAGAAACAGUACUCUCUAAAGGGUUACCUCAGAAGAUAUAUAACUAUCAAAACAAGACAGAAGAUGGAGAAGAGCAUGCAUUUAAGACAUCCAUCCUGCCAGUAACGAAGAAAUCAGCCUUGGCUGAUCCUUCAGCCUAUCAUCAGGGAUCUGUAGAGAGCAGCAAAACAAGCCCUGAUCAACCUCUCAAUCUUUCUGAACCCAUGAUUCUAGUGCAUGAAGAAUCUAAAGCCCAGAGAGUUGAGGAAUUCUUGGUAUCAAAAGCAGGAGAUGUAUCUUCAUUAAAUUAUUCUGGUAUACUGAGUUUAAGGGACAGAGUGUUGGCCUCAUCAGAAAGCAUCCAAGCUCAGCAAAAGUAUUUGAAAGAACUGCAAGAGCAGCUAGAUGCACAAAGAGAAGCUCUUCUUUCUAAACAGAGAAUACAAGAAAAACUACUUUUACAGAAGCAAGAUAAAUUGAAGGAACAGAUGCAGAGACAGCAAGAGGCUUUGAAAGAACUUCUAAACAAGCAGGUGAGAUAUAUGUACCCAAAUGAAGAAAUGACAGAGGCACAAAAGCCUUUCAGGAGUAAGAGAACUGACUUCUUCCAAGUUUUAGAAAACUACCAGCAAGAGAAUUGUGGCAGGAAUAAAUUUCACGGAAGUGAAACAAUUUCACCGUGCAUUGGUCCAGUUGAGCAAACUGAUCAGUCUGAGAAAGUUCUCUGUAGAGAACAGAAACAGAGGUCGUCCAAACCACCAGUGACAAAAGUCAAGUUAGGGCUUGGUUUGGAGCAACAUGAACUUAGUGUUAUACCAGAGGUAGACACACCAAAGAGUUGCAGCCUCUCUUUGACAGAUGUUUUAAAUUUGGAUAAAACAGAUGAUGGUACUGGAGAAACUUCUCAGAGUUCAGCCUCUGGGGAGUUUGCAUGUGUGAAACAUCACAGUUAUGCUCUUCAUGGAGGCGCCUUUCCCUUGGGCAUGACAAACUAUGACAGAAAAGCCUCUAAUGGAAGUCCAAGGCAAACUAAUCCAUCAGGAAGAUUAUUACAAGAAUUGUUGAUGAUGGCUGCGGAAACUUCAUGUGAUUCAGCCCAGUCUGAGGAUUCUCAAGUGUCUCAAGAUUCACCAGUUGUCGCUGCUGAAGGUGGAGAGAGACUUAGAACAAGUUCUGGACCAUCAUUUGGGCUUGAUAAUACGGAAGUGCCAGGUUCAGAGGCUUUUGUGCAAAAAAUACCCCGUGAUGGCACCUUUUCAACCAGUGAAGUGUUGAAUGCAAGCCCCGUUGACACUGGAUUGUCUUCUGAUAGUAGAGGAGAUGGAAUUCUGAGAGAAACAGGAAGCCACCCUUGGAACUCCUCACUUCCUUUUACCUUGCAGCAGAGGCAAGAGAAUUUUUCUGGAGCAUGUGAAAGUCAGCUCUCCAAAGGAGAGAUGUACUUUUAUAAAGAAAACCAGAUACAGCAGAUCUUGGGGAGACCUACUGGGAACUUGAACUCUUACUCGGAGGACAGUACACAUUUCCAAGCUCUAGCAACUGAACUCUGUUCUCCUGAAAUGGAGAGACCUUUUCCAAACUUCCAUCACCAGCUCUUUCAGCCUCUGGAACCAAGUGUUGACUUUGAUACAUCAUCAUCAUCAUCCUGUUCUCAAUACAGAAUUUCCCAACACAGUCGAGAAUUUAGCAAGACUUCGGAAUUUUCAACAGAAAGUCCCAAUGUGUCUGCAUUUCUAGAAGAGGAAAACUCCGGUCUGAACAGACAAAGAAGCAGUCAGCCUUCUAGUCUUGAAACAAAUGGGCAAAACAUUUCAUCAGAAGAAGGGCUGGUUAGAGAAAAUGUUACUCCAGGAUCUGAAGAAUCUUUUCACCCACUGCAAUUAGAAUCUACUCUGAGUGAUGAUUGUCAGAAUGCUGAUCAGCCAGAGGAUAUGAACAUUGUGUCACAGAGACCUUUUGAACAAACCCCUGGAAUUAAAAACAGAGGCAAUGAGAGCUGUAUUUCACCUGCAAGUGGAUAUGAAGAGCUGUCAAGAAGUAUGGAAUGUAUUACUCUCCAGUGUUCAGUGGAAGAUCUGCGGAAUGAAAGUCUGGAAGAGCAAAAAUCAUUUUAUCAACUAGAUCCCAUACCAGUUACAAUGGAUGAAACUUCCUCUGAGCAGUUAGUAAAAGAGGCUGUGUCUUCUGAAAAAUUACCUUUGAAGGCAUUUGAUAAGAAGAAGCUUCCUGAAAAAUCAGUUCAUGUAGAUGAAGUAAAUAAAGCUAUGGAGCUGCAUUCUCAGUGCAAUAUGGAUAUAAAGGAGCCGGAUCAAAGCUUUCCAGAAGGACAAGAAUCUCUGAGGGUUCCCAAGGAAACCAACUUGGAAGACUCAGACAUCUGUUUGCACAGUGUUGUACAGCAGAACAGUUCUUUAUUCCAAAGACAUGGAAAACAUUCCCAUCCUGUGCCCAGAAGCUCAUAUCAUAUUCCCGUCUGGGAGACUGAGUUAGGGCAAGGUAUUAUGGAAGAACCAGAGCUCACCCUGAUAAGCUCCAAUGACAUCAGUAUUGUGGAAUUAGACACUGAACAUCCUAACCACGAGAAAACUAAGGAGGAUGCAAUGGAUAACUCAGCAUGUGUGGAUCAAUCUGGAUGUAAUGUUUAUACUAAGGAGAGAGAAUUUUUCCCACUAGCUCCAGAUGCAGAUUAUUCAGCAUUCCAAAGGCCUGACAGUUCUCCCAAAGCCCAGAGUCCCAACGAGAGUUACUGUCCGUCACAUCGGACUGCAGUGAUGCUGCUGGAAUUUGCAGCUACACCUGGAAGUUUACAAAAAUCUUUUUUAAAAAGAAAGCAGAAUUUCAUCCAGAAAUCUCUGAAAAGAGUAGAAACAAUAAAAAAUAAGGAGAGAGAAAAUGAAAAGCUGGAAGCAAGAAAGCUUCAAGGAGGAAAGUCUGAGAAUCUAAGAAGCAGACAGAAGAAGUCUGAUCUCUCUGGAAAAAAUGGUGCGCUUGCCAAUCAGUUGAAAAAAGUAGAAGUGAAAGUAUGUUCUCCAGAAGAUAGGAAGUCUGGAGAAAUUGAAAUGCACCAGCGUACAUCCAGACUUUAUAAUCAGCUUGCAGAAGUAAAAAUCAGAAAUGAAGAAAAAAGAAGGCAAGAAACUUAUGCUAAAAACAGAGAAAAGGCUAAAGAGUUUCAAAAGAAAAUGCUGGAGAAACUGCGAGCCAAGAAGACUUGGAAAGCACCAUGACAGGCAAAGACUUUGAGCAACAAGGACACAGGGUGGUGGUGGUACAAUCCAGGCCACUGAGUGGUACAGCCUCAAUGGUGAACUGUGAAGCCAUUUAGGAAUCCUCAGCUUUAAACUGUGUAAGACAGUGAGUACCCCAAACCCCUGUGGUCCCUGUUCAAGCUCAAGUAGAUGGACUGUACUGCUUUUUUCAUUGUCUCAGACUGAGCUACUGGCCUGAAAGGCCUGUGUUUUGUUAAUAUUUUAAAGAGAUGCCAAGUUUUGUAAUAUACAUGUAUAAAACAUCUUCAAAUAAAGUUUUAAUGUUAUUUGAA